AUGGAUUUUCAAACUGAAAAAAAGCCAAAUAUUGCGCCGAAACGCCCAUUUCUAAAAGCCAAACAUACUCCACCAAUUGGCCUCGCACUUCUAUAUGGCUUUCAGCAAGUUAUGGUUUGCGUUUCGGCGCUUCUUACGGUGCCGCUUCUAAUGGCGCAAGAAUUAUGUGCGGGAAGUAGUAUUGGUGAGUUUCUGGCGGAUUUUUUGGUGUAUUUUUUGUGACAGAUAUUUUUUUCAAAACACAAACUUUUUUCAACGAAAUCCUCUCUCAAAAAUAAAUCAUCAAACAUCAGAAAAUAGUUUCCUGGUCUUCAUGUUUUUCAACUAGACUCUAGUUAUCAUUCGAUUUUGUGACGGAUUAGCCACAGGUUCUGCAAAAAAUUUAAAAAAAAAUAGAAAAAUAUUACUGUAGCACGCAAUUGUGUGCAAACACACGUUUGUCACUUUGCGGACAGGCGUUGGCAAAAAUUUUCAUUUCGCAAAAAAAAAGGUUUUCAAUGAGUUUUCGAGUGAAAAUGAAAGUGAAAAGGUGAGUUUCAGGAUUUUAAACCAAAAUUCAAGCUGCCAACCAAAAAAUCUCGAAUUUCCAGCGCGACUUCGUCAAACUCUCAUCAGUUCAACAUUUGUGAGCAGCGGACUUUCGACAAUCAUCCAAACUUUGUUGGGAAUGCGUCUGGCACUUCUACAAGGCACAGCUUUCGCCUAUGUUCCGUCGGUUCAAGGAUUUUUCAAGGAAUAUAAAAGUUGUAAUGCGACGGAAGAGGAUUUUGUGCCGGAAGAGGUUUAUUAUGAGCGAUUGGCACUUUUGCAAGGUAAAAAUUGGAAUUGAGAGAAAGCCUAGGCUGGAAAAUUAUUUAAAUCAAUAUUCAGCUAGAAUUUCUUCACGAAAAGUACAUAUGAAAAUUUGAAAAAAUUCACUGUUUCAAUUUUUCUAUAUUAUUUUUGGUAUUUUUUAAAACCUGUUUAACGAUUUCUCAACUAAUUUCAUUCAACCCAUAAUCCAGAGUUAGGAUAACUCAAAAUCGACAAAAUUAAAUUCCAGGUUGUCUAAUCGCCUCAUCCUUUGCUCCAAUGCUCAUCGGAGCCACGGGAAUUGUCGGAGUCCUCACAAAAUUCAUCGGACCACUCACAGUCUCGCCAUUAAUGAUGCUCUUAGCUUAUAGUCAAGUCGAAACAAUGGUAGAUCGUGUAACUCAACAUUGGGUGGCUGUUGUUCAAGCUGUCACACUUUUCGCAACAAUUUUAUAUUUGGCCGAGUUGAAGGUUCCGAUUCCGAGAUUGAGAGAUGGCAAAUUUCAUUGGUAUUAUGUGGAUAUUUUUGGACAAUAUCCGGUUGGUUUUUGA